AUUCGAAGGAUGAUGUAAGUGCUGCUCUCAUUCUGGAAAGUUCAACCACACUUUCGUUUACACACUUUGCCAAUUAUUUUAACUAUGAUAUAUUAUAUAUAUAUAGUCAUAUAUGUAUAACACCACCAUCAGACCCAGUUGUUGUAGACUCGCAGUGGCCGUGGCUGGUUUUCAUCUGGAGCAAAAUGCUAGGGAGUUGUAGAAUUUGGUUGGUUUCCUCAGUAAUAUUACUAUUGGGAUUAACCAUACCAUGUUCAUGUUCUUCGUUGAAAAGCAAAAUCAAGACGAAAUCUGCAGUUUUCUUAUCCCCUAAGUUCGAAGUGGGACCUGGAUCAGUGUCAAACAAAUAUUACUACAACAUUGAUUUCCCAAGAGGUCAUAUCGCUCUCAAAAGUUUUGAUGCUGAAGUAGUUGAUGAAGCAGGAAAUUCUGUUCCUCUUUAUGAAACUUAUCUUCAUCAUUGGGUUGUUUCGAGGUAUUAUCACCGUAAGAAUUCCCCAGAGCCAGAUCAGGAUGGCUUUAAUUCUACAGAUUUUGUUAUCGUAAGAAACGAUGGAAUAUGCCAGGAAAAUGUUCUUGGACAGUAUUAUGGACUUGGAUCCGAAACACGAAGAACAGCCACGCAGGUUCCUGAUCCUUUUGGAGUUGAAGUUGGUAACGCUGCAGAAAUCCCGUCUGGUUAUGAGGAGAAAUGGUUGCUCAAUGUUCAUGCCAUUGAUACUCGUGGCGUUGAAGAUAAGUGGGGAUGCAUUGAAUGCAGGUGUGAUCUGUAUAAUGUUUCAAAGGACGAAUCUGGCCAGCCUUUGAGUCCGGAGUACAAAGGCGGUCUUUCUUGUUGCAUUGAUGGUACAAGAUGCAGGCUCAGUGAAGGCUUUGAGGGUCCCAAGAGAAUUCUCUACCUGAGAUAUACUGUGAAGUGGUUUGAUUGGUCUGAUUUCAUAGUUCCUGUUAAGAUCUAUAUCUUCGAUGUCACUGAUAUUAUGAAGGCUUCGAAGAAUUCAACUAUGCCGCGUGCUGAACAUAAUUGCCUGAUCGAGUUUCAAGUCGAAAAAUCUUGCAGUCCAAGUGUUACGACUAGUAAUGCCUGCGUUGACACCAAAAGGACAAGUCUCAGUGUCCCUUCUGGGGGAUAUGUUAUAUAUGGUGUUGCUCAUCAGCAUACUGGAGGAGCUGGUUCAACACUAUACAAACAAGACGGACGAACAAUAUGUUCAUCUUUGCCAAUUUAUGGGAAGGGGAACGAAGUAGGAAACGAGGCUGGUUAUGUAGUUGGAAUGUCAACUUGUUAUCCUCAACCUGGCUCUGUCAAGAUCAAUGAUGGGGAGACUCUGAUUCUGGAAUCCAUUUACAACAGCACACAAUCACACGCAGGAGUAAUGGGGCUGUUUUACAUUUUGGUUGCAGACCAACUGCCAAAUUACUAAGAUUUUUAAACUCCUGAGAUUUGAGAAAUCAUCACUUACCUCUAGAUUUGAAUAAUAAUCAUUUAGCACCCUUGGGGUUGAUUUUUGAAUAAAGUCGAACCUUUUUUUUCAGAAUUUUUUUUUUUUAAUAUAUUUUGAAUAAAGGGCUUUCAUUAGAAACCAAAGCUACGCCAAAGAAGCCACGAAUCAUGCAGAAGCCAACCGACCAAAGUUGACUUAUGCAAUGUCUAUUUUCCCUUUGUAUGUGAAGAUAAAUAUAAAAUCAGUACUCUCAUGUACAUUAUAAUAAUGUAUCCUAAACAAAAUCAUUUAGUGAGACU